UUCUUCUACUUCUUCUUUGUUUAUGUUUCUUUCACCUAUAAUGUCUUGCUGGCCUUUUAUUUAUUUUUAUGAUAUAAAACCAAAUGUAGGCCAAGAUUUGACAAACUGAAUCACUCAUUUUUUUUUAGAUAUGUUGUGUUUUAUUACUCAGUUAUUAUUUUACGACAUUAACGUGUUUCAUGUACUCCAUUGCAUCUCUCUACGUUUGAACAGGUUAAAAUAUACUGUAUUUAUUAGAGCUGCCUGGAGAGCAGCCGGAGCGCGCGCUCUGACUGAGGCUGUGCUGUAGAGCGCGAGUCACUCUCUGUCUGAGUGUGUGACUGAUUAAGGAGCUCGGCCGGAGCAGCAGAGGACGCAGGAGAGCUGAUCCCGCUGUGGAGAGAAAGAGACCGAGCUGGGGCUGGACAGGCAGGAGUGUGUGUGUGUGUGGUGAGCAUGGCUUCCUCCACGACGGAGCAGGAGCUGGGGCUGGAGCAGGAGCUGGGGCUGGAGCAGGAGCUGAAGGUGGUUCUGGAGGUGGUUGGUGCAGAAGACGGGGUGAAGCAACAGUCAGGCCAGGGGAGAUUGCAGGAAGAGGUUGGAGAAGAGUGUAGAGCUGCUGAGGCUGAAGCUGAGGCAACACUUCCGGUCUCAGGUGCCAGUUUUCCCCACCAGCAAGAACCAGUCUGGACUGACAAAAAAGAGGAGUGUCUGAACUGCCAGUGCCCAUCAGUUCCUACAGAGACCUCAGACCUUCAGCAGCUUUCAGACCAAACAGCACCACCCGUUGUGGAGCUCUCUAGCCCAACACAAAUACAAGACUGCCCACACCACCUGUGUCCUGAUCAAGAAACCUCAGAAGGAGGCCAAUAUGUCCCUUUAGAUGUUCCAGAACAUGACGAAACGGAGGAUAGAUCCAAUUUGAUUGGACCUAACCAGGAACAAGAAGUGAAACAAGCUCACCUGGAGGCUUUAGAAAGGGACCAAGAUCCAGAACCAAAGCAAGAGAACCAGGAGAACCCAAUAAACAUGUCAGACUCAGAGAAGAAUGAGAACCAAGAGAGUCAAGUGUCUGAGCAUUGUGACUGGGAGGGAGCUGUCCCAAUUGUGAUGGUCACUAAUCUAGAGGAGAUUCCAGUGUCAGUGAGCGACAACAAAUCCUACUGUACAGAUGAUCGUUAUACAAUGUGGCAGCAGGUGUCAGCAGAGAGGCAGGCAGAGGACGAGGCGGAAUCCGAAAAGCAGGAGGGCACCGUGCCCGCUGAUGUCAGCCCCUCUGCCAGUCCCAGUGACGUCACAGAGUUCAGCAGCGGUGACUUGCAGUUCCUGAAGAGCGACAGUGUGUCUCUCUGCAGUGAAACAACCAUCUCUGGCAAGAGUGAUGAACAAGAAGGGCCUGAAGAAGACACCAGGAGUGUAGCCGCGUCCUCUGUCAUGGAAGGCCCUGAGGAAGACACCAGGAGUGUUACAGCAUCCUCUGUCAUGUCUCUGUUCCAGAGGAUGCAGAUGGACCCUCUGGAGCGGGAAUGGUUACGGUGUGCUGCAUUAGGAAAUGCUCCUGGCCUGCGCCAGCUUCUGCUCCAGGACCCCUCCCUGGCCCCCAAAAAGGUGAAGCCCCCUUCAACCCCCCUUCCUUUUCUGCAGACCCCACCAGAAACAGUAAUGCCUUCUAUUCUUUAA